AUGUCGCUCAACCACCCCUUUGACCCUUUGACUCCAAGGGAGAUCACAAAGGCUGCAACUAUUGUCCGCCGCGAGUUUCCAGGACAAACGCCCAACUUUCGAGUUAUUACCUUGAAAGAACCAUCUAAGGCUGACAUGGUCCCUUUCUUGGAGCAUGAAAAUCGAGGAGAAACCACAUCCAAGAGACCUGCAAGGAUCGCUCGCGUCCAGACAGUUCUUCCGGGUGAACCGGCGACCGAGUUCAUUGAACUCUGGGUCGACCUGGACCAAGCUGCUGUUCUUAAACAGCAACAUCUUGUUGGAAAGCAUCCCUAUAUUGACUCCGAUUAUAUGCAAGCCGUUGAGAAGGCUUGCUUGGCAGAUCCGAAAGUUCAGGAAGAGAUUACACACUUGCAACUACCGGACGGCGCUUCGGUGAUUGUCGAGGCAUGGGCUUAUGCUACAGAUGGUACAAAGGAUGUGUCACAGCGGACUACUAUGUGCUGGUUCUACAUGCGCUUGGUGGACGAUGUCGAUGCCAACUACUACGCGUAUCCGCUAGAUCUCUGCGCGGAAGUAUCGGAGCAGUUGAAAGUCGUUAAGAUUUACCAAUUGCCUUCUGGCCCCGAGGAGCGCAUCCAUGACAAGCCGAAGCCAUUCGAUCGCCGCAAGAUUCAUGGAGCGGAAGCCGAAUAUAGCCCUGGCUUGAGACCUUCGCCUCGAACGACGACGAAACCGUACCAAGUCGUGCAACCUGAAGGUCCUUCCUUCAAGACGCAAGGGAACUUCUUGGAAUGGGAGAAGUGGUCCAUGCAUAUCGGAUUCAACUACCGAGAAGGUCUCACCCUCCACGACAUUCGCUACGACAACCGCAGCCUCUUUUACCGCUUGUCUCUAGCAGAGAUGUUUGUGCCAUAUGGAGAUCCUCGAACUCCAUACCCACGCAAAGCAGCAUUUGAUCUCGGCAACGACGGUGCAGGAAUCAAUGCUAACAACCUACGUCUGGGUUGCGACUGCCUGGGCCACAUCAAAUACUUCGAUGGCUGGCAUACUACCACCUCAGGAGACCCAGUCAAGCUCCCUAACGUAAUUUGCUGCCAUGAAGAAGAUGACGGGAUCUUGUGGAAGCACACCAACUUCCGGACCCAGAACGCAGUGGUAACGCGCUCCCGCAUUCUAGUCUUGCAGACCAUCAUCACAGUGAGCAAUUACGAAUACAUCUUCGCGUUCCACUUCGGCCAGGACGCAUCCAUUCAUUACGAAGUUCGCGCAACCGGCAUCCUCUCAACCACCCCAAUCGAUAUUGGCGAUAAAGUGCCCUACGGCACCAUCGUCGCGCCGGGCGUCUUGGCCCCUUACCACCAGCAUCUGUUCUCCCUUCGCAUGGACCCUGCACUCGACGGACACGGCAAUUCCUUGCAGGUGGAAGAGUCCCACCCCAUGCCUGCUGACGUGUUCAGCUUCGACCAUCAUGAUAAAUCACAAGCCCAGAUCAACUCCUACAACAACCCCUUCGGCGUGGGCUACGUCACGCGCUCAUCCAUCGUGGACAAAGAGGGCGGUCUGGACCUGGAUUUCACCAAGAACCGUAACUUCAAAAUCAUCAACGAGAACGUCAUCAACCCGGUGACCGGAACCCCCGUCGGGUUCAAGCUGCUCCCCGCCUACAGUCAGAUGCUACUCUCACACCCGGAGUCAUACCAUGCCAAGCGCUCUGAGUUCGGACAGCACGCGGUCUGGGUCACGCGUUAUAACGAUGAGGAGCAUUUCCCGGCGGGCCGUCACACGAUGCAGUCGACUGGGGGUGACGGGAUCGCGAGCGCUAUUGCAAAGCGCGCCGGAACCGAGCAAUCCUCGGUGCGAAACCAAGAUAUCGUUGUUUGGCAUACGUUUGGAUCCACACAUAACCCUAGAAUCGAAGAUUGGCCGGUCAUGCCAUCGGAGAAGAUGACUGUUGGUUUGAAGCCUGCGAAUUUCUUUACUGCAAACCCGGGUCUGGAUGUUGCUGUGUCGACGCAGGAGAAGAACCGGAGUGUGUUGGUUGAUGGAGGAGACGACAUUAACUCGAAGUCAGGAUGUUGCAGACUGUAG